GGCGCGGCUAAAUGCGGAGGGCGGGUUCGCCUGUCACUCACGGCUCGCCGCAGUCCCGCCGUUGUUAACAAGUCCUCCGAGCUGGGAAGGUCAUGCUGCCCAACACCGGGAAGCUAGCGGGAUGCACGAUUUUUAUCACGGGUGCAAGCCGAGGCAUUGGCAAAGCUAUUGCAUUGAAAGCAGCGAAGGAUGGAGCAAAUAUUGUGAUUGCUGCGAAAACCACCCAGACACACCCGAAACUCCCAGGCACAAUCUACACUGCUGCUGAAGAAAUUGAAGCGGCUGGAGGAAAGGCCUUGCCAUGUGUCGUUGAUGUGAGAGAUGAACAGCAAAUCAACAGUGCGGUGGAAAAAGCUGUCGAGAGAUUUGGAGGAAUUGAUAUUUUGGUGAACAAUGCGAGUGCUAUCAGUUUGACCAACACGUUGGAUACUCCUACAAAGAGAGUGGACUUGAUGAUGAAUGUGAACACGAGGGGAACCUACCUCACAUCCAAAGCAUGUAUUCCUUUUUUAAGAAAGAGCAAAGUAGCUCAUAUUCUCAAUCUCAGCCCACCCCUGAACCUAAAUCCUUUGUGGUUCAAACAGCACUGUGCUUAUACUAUUGCCAAAUAUGGCAUGUCUAUGUGUGUGCUUGGGAUGGCAGAAGAAUUUAGAGGUGAAAUUGCAGUCAAUGCCUUAUGGCCUAAAACAGCCAUACAUACCGCUGCUAUGGAUAUGCUUGGAGGGUCUGGCGUUGAAAACCAGUGUAGAAAAGUUGACAUCAUUGCAGAUGCUGCAUACUCCAUUUUCAAAAGGCCAAAAAGUUUUACUGGCAACUUUAUUCUUGAUGAAAAUAUCUUAAAAGAAGAAGGAAUAAACGAUUUUGAGGUCUAUGCAAUUAAACCAGGCCAUCCCUUGUUACCAGAUUUCUUCUUAGAUGAACAUCCUGAUGAAAUUGUGAAGAAAACAGAAUCCCAUGAUCCCGUGCCGGAAGUAAAAGAAGAGAAGCCGCAGUCACAGCCGCAGCCACCACCGCAGCCACAGCUGCAGUCACAGCCACCACCGCAGCCGCAGUCACCACCGCAGCCUCAGCCGCAGCCGCAGCCGCAGCCGCAGCCGCAGCGUCCACCUCCACUGCUGCAGCAACUGCAACCACCUAAACCACAUUUUGGAGCUGUGGAAGAAACAUUUAGAAUUGUUAAGGACUCUCUCAGCGAUGAGGUCGUUAAAGCCACACAAGCAGUCUAUCAGUUUGAACUCUCAGGUGAGGAUGGUGGCACAUGGUUUCUCGAUCUGAAGAGUAAGGGUGGGAAAGUUGGACAUGGAGAGCCCUCCGACCGGGCAGAUGUGGUGAUGAGUAUGACCACCGAUGACUUUGUCAGAAUGUUUUCAGGGAAGCUGAAGCCAACCAUGGCAUUCAUGUCAGGAAAACUGAAGAUUAAAGGAAACAUGGCCCUAGCAAUCAAACUGGAGAAGCUAAUGACCCAGAUGAAUGCCAGACUAUGAAGGGCAAGAAGCGAAAAUGACUCCUAGAAGUAAAAAGCUCAACAGUUAAAAAUCUGUUGUCUCCUCCACUGUCUUAUAAGAACACAUAUGUUUGUUCUGGAAAAAGUAGAAUUUCUGUAUCUAUAAGACUUGAAAUUGUAAUUAAAACAACUAACCAAUCACGUGUAAGUCUCACUAAGUGGCAUCCCAAUAUAUUGUGUUUUUUUCUUUUUUCAGUUUUUCCCUGUAAGCCUUUAUUUCAUUCAUGCUUUUCUUGCGAUAUUAUAUAUCAAGCAAUAGAAUUAGCUAUUUACAAAACUUCUCAUGUAAAAGGAAGUUCACUUAUCUUCACAAAGAGCUGGGUAAAGAACUGAAUCUCUCUCUUAUCCACUGCCCUGGCCUUUUAAAAAAGGACUUUUGUCAGUGUAUAAUACUUGCAGGCGAAAUUUUGUUUAACUUAUAACAAGCAUUUUAUACUAUUGAUACUAUUCUAGAUAUCUUUAAAAUUUUAGCUUUUCCCUCUUUUUUCCAGAUAGGGUUACCCAGCUGGCCUUGAACUCAGGGCAGGUUUCUUGCCUCAGCUUCCUUAGUGCUAUGAUGACAGACAGGAGCCACCAUGCCCAGCUAAAUUCAGUUUUCAAGUGCUAACUUAUAGAAUUAAUUUUGCGAGUAUGCCUUAUGCCAGGUAGUAGUUCUCUCUGCUUACUACCUUAGCAGCUUUUUAAAAACAGAUUCUUUAAAUCAUGUUACCUUCGAAUAAAGAUGAAUUUAUCUCUUUUUCA